AUGCAGUUAGCUGUCCACCAAGAUGAUGCUAACAUCUUGCUCAAUGAGAGGAAUAAGUUGAGCGAGUCCGUGUUGGAAAAAUACAGAACGGCUGGUAAUAUAUCACAAACCACGCUCAAAUAUUUGAUUCAGCUCAUCAAUGAUUCCUAUCAUUUGGGUAAGACCGAGAGACCUUACUCGAUCCAAGAACUUUGUGUCUUGGGAGAUUCCAUGAUCAUGAAGUUGAUUAACAAUGUGUACAAAGAUGAAGAUAAGGUAAGAGAGAAAGGUAUUGCACAUCCUGUGACUUUUGAUGUCAAUGAGUUUGUCGCCAAUGUCUCUCCUGAGUUUGACGUUUCUUCGCCCCAAUAUAUCCUUCAAGCUGGUGAUGUGGUGACCAUUUCUCUUGGUGCUCAAAUCGAUGGUUACUCUGCUUUGUCUUCGCACACCAUUGUCAUUUACCCUCAAGGGAUUAUGGUGGACAAUGAGUUGAAACCAGAGGGACCAUUGUUGGGACCAAAGGCUGAUGCCGUCGUAGCAAGUUACAUUGCUACAGAAGCCGCUGUUGCCCUUGUGGGACUUGCGCUCACACCAGAGAAAAUCCAAUCCAUUCCAGGCUUGGCCAAUGCACCUAAUGCCAUCACCGGCUCUUUGCUCAGAGACGUUGUCAAUAGCAUUGCAUCUUCAUUCGGGUGCGUUGUUGUGCCUGGUUCGAAGAUAAGAAGAAUCAGAAGAUUUUUGGCUGGUCAAGCUGAAGGUAUAGUCGCCGAGAAAGAUUUCAAAGGUGUUGUGUGGGACGAAAGCAGUCAGGAGGCAGAGCUUCUCAAGAAGAGCACAGGAACAGAUUUGAUUCUUCUGGACAACAAAAAGCCCGAGGGAACCAACGUGUUAAGUGCCGUUCCUACUGAUGACUUUGUGGUUGAGGCUGGUGAAGUAUACAACAUAGACUUGAGAUUAUGUUCUACUGGGGACUUCAAAGAAAAGGGCUUGAUCACAUUAGAAGAUGUCGACGAUCCAAAGACCAAGCCAACCAUUUUCAUUCGUGAUGUUGCAGUCACUCACCAUUUGAGAUUGAAGAGUGCCAGAAAGUUGUUGUCCACAGUUGACAAGAAGUUCUCUGUUUUCCCUUUCAAGUUGACACACACUUGUGAAUCCUUCCCUGUUGAUUUCGAAAACGGUGACGUCCAUCUGCAACUUAAUGCUAUCAAGGACGAAAUCAAGGUGCACAAGUUGGGUUUGAGCGAGUUGAGUAAUAGACAUUUGGCCCGUCCAAAGCCUAUUCAAAGAGUUAAGCACAUUCCAUUUGCCAAGAUCUUAACUACUGCAAACCCUACUGGAAGACACGGUAUUGACGCCAGCAAAUUGUCCUUGCCAGGAAAAGAAGUUCCAUUACCAGCCUUGGGCAUUAGUGCAUUAAAAUUGAAGUCGCUUUUGAAGUUCGGCACACAAGCAUCUGCUGUGGCUAGAGAAUCGACUACCAUUGUAUUGAACAACAACGUCAACGAGGUUAUAAGAUUGACUGGAGGAAACAAGACAAUUAGACCUAGCUGGGUACACUCUCAGUACCAAAUGUCGGGCGAAUACAUGGCAUUAGUCCAUGCAUUGAGCCAGUUAGUUCAAGAUGCCCGUUUCGGUAUCAAAAUGAAGGAGGUUCAAUCUUUCAAAUUGAACGCUAAUGUCCUCCAUUUGGAUGAGACCAUGCAACUCGACUAG